AUGUCUAAUGUCAUUAUGUAACUUUGUGAAGUUUGAUCAUCACAAAUAUGUCGGGAAAAGUGACAAGUAGCUCGACCGCACCAUCCUGGAGGCUGCAUACAAGCACUGGGUUGUAACCAGUUGCAGCAUCAAAGCAGCCACUGAGGAAUUCGGGGUCAAGAAAGCAAUUUUUGUGAUAAUGACCUGUCCCCUGCUGAUGUGACAACGAAACCCUGCUCCUAUGGGGACCCUGGCACCUCCAGUGACCCUGCCACCCCAAGCCCUAGUAGCUCAAACCUUGUUUCCCCAGAGAUCACUCCAGAGAGUGUCAGGCCAUUCCCCAAGCCCUUAUGGAAAGGGAACUAAGAUGGUACAGGCCUGCAUUCUGAUUGACAAUGAGGGGGCCAUCACAGAUCUGGGGAUAAAGGUAGAGAAGAGGAAAAAGACAAAGGCAAAAAAGAAGACAGUGGCUGAAAAGAAGGCAUUAGGAGAGAAGAAACAGUGUGCAAGGCACAGAAAGUCUGUCCCUAUAAAGGAUGAUAGCGAAGAGGAAAACAUUGAUCAUGUUCCUAUGCAGCUCAAUGACUCCUCAGAGUACUUGGAUGAGGUAGAGGAUAAGGAAAAUUGGAUAAAAUUAUCAUACCAUUUUGCUGAGAAGGUACCAGAGGUGAAGGAUGGACUUUAUAUUCUUACAACCAAAAUGUAUCAAUCAUCAGAAUUCAUUAUCAGAAGUAGACUAAUCUGGCAUUCAUAUUUAUUUUGUUGACUUGUUUUAUCUCAGUUUUAAAUUCUUGUUCAGGUGUAGGACUUUGUUCUUGUUGAACUGAAGCUGGAAGAGGAAAGGAACGUGGACACAUUAGUGUGCUAUUUUUGUAGUGCCGGGGAUAAAAAUAUUAAGUUUUUAGAAAUUAAGAAUCAUAGUUGUAAGUGUAGUACACACGUGGUGUGGACUCACAAGACUUGCUGGCGCAUCUCAGAGGAAGAGACAGUAGUUAGCUCAUGAAUUAAGAGCCUUAAAUUCACUUGCUAUAUGAUCAGAGCUGUUAACGAAUCUUUCACUCCAAAAGUACAGGAGUGUUUCCCAGUAAUGUCAUCUUAGUAAUGGCAAAAUCACUUUUUAGUUACUAUCCACUAUGUUGGCGACUGAGAAUGCUGAGCGUGAGAAACACAGAGAGACAAGCUUCACACACCAGUGUAGCUUGUCUCUCUGCCGGCUACAGAUAAGGCUGCUCUGGUUUUACGUGCCUGAUCUACAUGUGUGCUUGCUUAUGGUUAGGCUAACUAUUACCAGUGUUGUGUCUUGCCUUGGCGUUGUUUUAAGACAGUGGAGGGAGAUUGUGUCACCACCGGGUACGCAUCUCCAAUAACAGUGUUUUCUGUGGCCAAAUACAAGUGAAGUGAGGUUUUUUACAUGUGAGUUGAGGCAGCCCUCGUCGAGUGUGAUGCCACGAGUCAACUUUUGGGACUAGGCUGUGUAGUGAUUUUUAUGUUGUAAUAUUUUUUAUGUAUUUAUUUUCUUGAGUGAAAUAUCCUCUCUCCGGUGGCUGGACUGUAAACAAAUGAACGUGAUUGUGGGUAUAGAAGUUAAUUUGAUAUCAUUCAGUUGUUGUAAAGUGUGUGAAUUCGUUCAGGGAUAAUUCUUUUCUAAAUUUAAACCCAGUGUCUUAACUACAGUUUGGCUAGAAUUUGUCCAAAAUAAAUU